AUGGCUCCUCAAAAUGUAGGAAUUCUCGCCAUGGAAAUCUACUUUCCUCCUACAUGUAUUCAACAGGACAUCCUAGAGGAUUUUGAUGGAGUUAGUAAAGGCAAAUACACCAUCGGACUCGGACAAGAUUGCAUGGCAUUUUGUUCAGAGGUGGAAGAUGUCAUCUCUAUGGGAUUGACAGCUGUCACGUCACUACUUGAGAAAUACGAGGUUGAUCCUAGACAAAUUGGUCGGCUGGAAGUAGGCAGUGAAACCGUUAUAGACAAGAGCAAAUCCAUCAAGACUUACCUUAUGAAAGUUUUCGAGGAUUGUGGGAAUACCGACAUUGAAGGCGUUGAUUCAACCAAUGCUUGCUACGGUGGAACCGCAGCAUUAUUCAACUGUGUUAACUGGGUGGAAAGUAACUCAUGGGAUGGACGCUAUGGAUUGGUUGUUUGUACAGAUAGUGCAGUCUAUGCAGAGGGACCCGCUCGACCUACCGGAGGUGCAGCUGCUAUCGCAAUGCUGAUUGGGCCCGACGCGCCUAUCGCAUUUGAAAGCAAAUUCAGGGCAAGUCAUAUGUCUCAUGUUUAUGACUUUUACAAACCUGACCUUGCAAGCGAAUAUCCGGUUGUUGAUGGAAAGCUUUCUCAAACUUGUUAUCUCAUGGCAUUAGAUUCUUGCUACAAUGGAUAUUGUCACAAGUACGAGAAACUAGAAGGAAAACAGUUUUCGAUCGUUGAUGCCGACUAUUUCGUAUUUCAUUCUCCUUACAACAAGCUUGUACAAAAGAGCUUUGCUCGAUUAGUAUUCAGUGAUGUUGUUAGAAACGCCAGUUCUGUUGACGAGUCUGUCAAAGAGAAGCUCGGACAGUUCACGCCGUUAACGGGGGACGAGAGCUACCAAAACCGUGAUCUUGAAAAGGCCUCCCAACAAGCGGCAAAAUCAUAUUACGAUAAAAAGGUUCAGCCCGGAACUUUAAUCAACAAGCAAGUUGGCAACAUGUACACAGCUUCUAUAUACGCAGCCUUUGCGUCACUCAUUCAUAACAAAUAUAGCUCUCUGGACGGUAAUCGGGUGAUGAUGUUUUCAUAUGGAAGUGGAUCAUCCGCCACAAUGUUCUCACUCCAUCUUUCCAAGGGUAAAUCGCCUUUUAGUUUGUCAAACAUUGCAAAGGUGAUGAAUGUUGACGAGAAGUUGAAGAGAAGGACCGAGCUUGCACCGGAAAAAUUUGUCGAACUCAUGAAGGUGAUGGAACACAGGUAUGGAGGCAAAGAUUUUGUGACUAGCAAAGACGCUAGUCUUCUAGCGCCAGGGACCUACUACCUCACGGAAGUUGACUCCAAGUACAGACGGUUCUAUGCAAAGAAGACCUCUGAGGAGUCUUAACGCUCUUGACCGGUGAAUGUUGCUAGUGGAACCAUCUGGCUUGGGUCUCUUUUAAGGGUUGGGUUUGGCUUGGGGUGAUAUUGUAACUUGUAAGUAAAGAUAGAGACCGAUAAAUAGUUUUUCACUGUCGAUCGCUAUAUCUUUUCGUUUUUACAUAAUGUCUUUACUAAAAACGUGACCCAAAAUCGGACUGGCUUUGGACCAAGGUCCAUAAAGAUGGUGCUAGUGGCUUUAAAUUGGCUGAACCAGUAGUUAAAACCAAGCACUAGCCGUCUGGUUCUCGGUUUGCUUUUUUACUUCACUUACGGUC